GCAGAAGCACGCAUUUUUGGAGUACGUGUUUUUCGUUGUUCGUGAUCCUAUUCAAAUUUGCAAUAUCUGGGAUUGAGUUGCAAAACGAACCGCAAGAUUUUGUGUGCAUAAAGUGGCUUUAGUGAUUCGGUAAAUCUAUUAUCUGUAAGAAUAAGUGCAACGGUGAAUAGUUUCAUGAUUAGAAUUCCGGCAAGUGUGGGUGUAGUCUGGUGAAGAAAGAAAAUAAUACUCAUUCAUAUUCAGCUCGCUUAUCCCGGUGACGUGACGGCACUACAAAUCGGAAGAAAUUUUCAUUAUAUAGGUGUGCAAUAUCAGAAAUAUAAGCGAACAAGUGUAUAUACACGGUUUGUCCGGAUUCAUGAUGGAAGCUCGUGCAGGGGCGUGAUUUAAUUCUGGCGACCAUUACCGUACCAAACCGACAUUGCCACCAUCCAAGUUGCUACAGUUGAAUGUGGAGAGACCCUACGGUCGAAGGUCGAAGGGAACCCAGACACGGAUUUACGUUAAAGAAAGAGCGGUUCGAGUAACCUGUGAUCAACGAUUUUCAAUUCAAUUCGUGCGUAUCAGGCGCGAAAUUAUACAGCUCACAGCCGUGCGGAUCGUUGGAUCUUUUCAAGAAAUAGCCAUGAACACGCUGUACCUCGUAUACGUGCCCCAUACGGUCGAAUAUACACCUGCUGUCCAGCUCUCUACGCUCGAGUAUGCCACCGUAGAAAUUGUCAACAACAUCCGAGUUCCUUAUGCUGGCGAUGAUGCUCCUGUUGCUCCCGAUCGGCAGCAACCCUUGGAAGGGAAUGUGGUCCAGCAGCAGCUGAAAUUUUGCAGAAAAACCGAACGCAUUCUCUCACAAACGGACUCGGUAGGCGUCGAUCCAAAUAAGGAAUAUCAUCUAAAGGAGAGGCUGCUAAGGGAAAAUUGGCUCAUCAAAGAUAGUUUUAUCGCGGCAAGUGAGGAUAAUACGGACCUGGAGGAACACUUUUAUCCACCGUUGGAUUAUUUCAGUUCAGAUCGAGUGCCAAAAGUUAGGCAAGAUACGAUUAUCGAAGACUCUACUUCUAGCAUCGAUGAAGGAAUUGGCCUCAGUGCAACAGAUGAUUCCGGUGAUGAUCAAAGCCUUCCGGAUGACAACAACAACAACAACAACGACAGCAUAAAUCUCAAUCCUGAUAGUAAAAACGACGAAGACGACGAAGACGAUGACGAUGGGAGGGACAUUAAUUCUGCGCUUAUCAAAAGCAAGAAAAAGCGGAAGGCUAGCAGUAAUAAAUCAUACAAAUGCGAAAUCUGUGAAGAACUGUUUCCGAAGAAAAAACUGCUCCGUGACCAUCUCAUCCUGCAACAUCCGGGCCAGAAUCUCAACCGAUGUCACAUCUGCGGCAAAACGUUCAAGUUACGGUCAAAUUUACGCCAGCACUCGAGAAUACACACCGGAGAGCGCCCCUUCCGAUGUGACAUUUGCGGAAAAACUUUCGUACAGGGAAGUGCGUUAACUGUCCACAAAGAGCUUCACAAGGACAAAAAAGAACACAAAUGUGAUGUGUGUAAAAAGGACUUCAAGUCAAAGUUCGCAUUCAAGAAACACGAGAAAGUACACAAAGGGCUAAGACCUUUCAUCUGUGAUGUUUGUGGGAAAUCUUUCACGCAAUCCUGCAACUUAAAAGCUCACUUACAGCUGCACAAUGGGAAUCAUGCAUUCAAGUGCUCAACCUGUUUUAAAACGUUUCGAUUUAAAUCUCACUACGAAGACCAUCUGAUGACUCACACCAAGGACAAAAAAUAUUCAUGCACCAAAUGUGGUCGAAAUUUUGCCUAUAAAAAUUCCUACCAAAGGCACAUGCAGCAUAUCCACCGGGACGAAACGCUACACCGAUGUGGUGUUUGUAGUAAAACUUUUGUAAAACUAAGCCACUUGACGUUCCACAAAAAGUCCCACCGAAAGAGUAGCUCGUUAAUAUGUGAAAUUUGCGGUUUGGUGUUUGAGAAAGAAACUACCUUUGCGAAGCACAACGAAUCCGUUCACCGAGAUGAAGAGCGGCGGCUGUUCAAAUGUGUCAUAUGUAGCAAAUCCUUCGAGGAGGAAUCCGAACUGACGACACACUUUAUGCUGCACGAAGCAGAUGACUGUCCCUUCCAGUGUGGGAUGUGUGGGAUUUUGAACCUGAGUCAGGCGUAAUUAGCAACAGGGAAGGAACCUUUUGAACGCGCCCCGUCGUACUUUAUGCAUUCCUAGAUAAGCGAAAGGAAAAGUGUUGUGAUAUGUGGAAAUAUAUAGGACUCUCGUGUUGUACAACAUUUAGAUUAGGAUAAGAUUAUUUUUAAUUAUGCACUCUCUUCCAGUUAGUGUGAUCCCCAAGCAGGGCAAGAUUAAGCCCAUGGAAGCGAAAGGGUAAGAGAGUAGACUCUUUUGGGGCAAUAAUUUCAUAAAUUUAAAUUACAAUAAAGAUCAUA